AUGCAUGAAAAUGAAUCAAAAUUAAGUGAGGUUAAUGCUCCUCCUUUAUUUAUUUGUUUUGAUGUUGUGAAUAAAUUAACAAUAUCACUCUAAUCGGUACAUUAUAUUGUAAAUGUCUAACCUGGUUUUGCAAUUGUUGAAAUAUAAUAGAAUUAUAACACAUAGCAUUAUGAAGUUCCAAUUGAAUUAGAAUAUAUGUUUACUAUCUAAAAGGAUUCAGUUGUUAGUAAGAUGGUAGCAGAAUUAGGUGAUAUAAAAGUCUUUGGCAUUGUAAAAGAAUUGGAGGAAGCAAAAAAAGAAUAUCAAUAAGGCAUAUAAGCUGGAAAAACUAUGAUUUUAGGUGAAUAGGAUAAAUAAAUAACUGAUUUAAAAAAAGUAAAGAUUGGUUGUUUAGCUCCUGGAAAAUCUUUAAAAAUAACUUUUGAAUAUAUUCAGCCUUUAAAAGUGUAUUUAAAUUAAUUUUGGAUGCUUUAAUUAUCACCAAUGGUAGAUUCAAGUUAUCUUACAGUAUAUUAGUUAAAAAACUAAUCAGUCAAUUAUCCUUAAUUAUAUAAUUAAAUAUAAAAAAGUGUGAAUUUUCAAAGNAAAAAAAGUAAAGAUUGGUUGUUUAGCUCCUGGAAAAUCUUUAAAAAUAACUUUUGAAUAUAUUCAGCCUUUAAAAGUUUAUUUAAAUUAAUUUUGGAUGCUUGAAUUAUCGCCAAUGGUAGAUUCAAGUUAUCUUACAGUCUAUUAGUUAAAAAACUAAUCAGUCAACUAUCCUUAAUUAUAUAAUUAAAUAUAAAAAAGUUUGAAUUUUCAAGGUCUCUAAUAAAACUAUUAAUAAGAUAUCACAAUAAAUAUUAAUUUAUAGAAACCUAUAACAUUUGUAAAGUCUCCAACCCAUUAAAUUUUAAUUAAUAAUGAUGAUAAUUAAUUUGUCAAAGAAAACUUUACAAAAAAUUAAAUAAUCAUUCUUGAUAAAAAAUAUCCAAAUAACUUUCUCCCAAAUAAAAAAUUUGAGCUGUUAUUUUCAUCUGAUGAUGUCAAUUCACCUCAUUCUUUUCUUACUCAUACUAAUAAUGAUGCCUUAUAACAUAUUAAAUAUUGUGCUACCUUAACAUUAAUACCAAAAUUUAAUGAAGUACCUUUGGAUGAUGCUUAUUCAUCAUACAUAAAUGGGUUAAAUUUAUCUUCAGAAACAAAAAUAAAUAGAGGAAAUUAUUAUUUUUUUAUUGAUAGAAGUGGUUCGAUGGGAGGGUAAAGAAUAUAGAAAGCAAAGCAAUCAUUAAUUUUAUUCUUAAAAAGUUAACCAAAAAAUAGUUUAUUUAAUGUUAUAUCUUUUGGAAGUUAACCGAAAAGAAUGUUUGAAAACUCUUAAGUUUAUAAUUAGAAAUCUUUAAAUUAAGUAAUUUCUUAAGUAAAUUCUAUGGAAGCAGAUUUAGGAGGACCUGAUGUUUUUUCAGCAUUGAAGAAUGGCAAAGAUAGUAAAAGUCAUUUAGAAACUUAUAAUGCUUUUUUGUUGACUGAUGGACAAAUUAUUCCUGAUCCAGAAUCAAUCACUGCUAUUAAAAAAAUGAAGAAUUAGUUAUAUAAAUAUUAUUUCCAACUCCCAUCUAAGAUUCACUAGACUUUCAGAUUAAAUGUUUUGACCCUUAGAAAUAAACAAAAAUAUCUUACAAAUUCAAAUUGA